CACUGAUAACGCCAACUCAGCCUUAUAAAUACCCAGACCUUUGAAUACAAGUAAACGGAGAUCUGAAGAGUCGAAGAAAAUUCAUCCUGGCUGCAGUCCAGAAGAAAUGGGGAAGUUUGAAGUGUUGUUUCUGUCUUUAAUUUUGCUGAUUAGUACAGGAUGUGCUUCAGAUGUGCAUGUGACCAACUGCAAUGAAUGCCACUCUGAAGCCACUUGUCUGAAACUGGAGGAGAGAGGAGAUGCAUUAGCAACCACCAGCCUAUCCUGCCUGUGUAAAGAAGGAUUUGUUGGUGAUGGCAUCAACUGUUAUGAAGUCAAAGUAUGUGGGGGUGACACCUCCUGCUGUGGCGCAGGUUAUAAGUGGUCCCCAAAAAAAGGCUGUGUGGAUGUAGACGAGUGCUCUUUCACACCAUCUGUCUGUGGUCCUUCUCAGCUCUGUAAAAACACAAAAGGAUCAUUUGAAUGUAUCAAUAAUCCUGCUCUUCAAACAAAAAAAAGUGCACUGGUACGCUCUGGGAUAGCACCAGUCAUUAGCUACACCACAUAUGCUCCCACCAUCCCUACCCGCCCUCCAGGGAACCAGACCACUCCUGGGUACAGCAGUACAGGAGUGGAGGGAGAGGUGCGUCUGCUCAAUGGGGGGAACAGCUCUUGCUCUGGACGAGUGGAGAUCUUCCACCGAGGACAGUGGGGCACUGUAUGUGACGAUUCCUGGGGCUUGCUGGAUGCCCAGGUGGUGUGCAGGCAGCUGGGCUGUGGCAGGGUGCUCUCUGCUCCUAUGGGCGCUCGUUUUGGACAGGGCACUGGCCCCAUUUGGAUGGACGAUGUCAUGUGUACAGGACAGGAGACUGAGCUAUCCCAGUGUCGUCAUAGGGGCUUUGGGAGCCAUGACUGCAGACACAGUGAGGACGCGGGUGUGGUGUGUGAAGCCCUGUCUCCGGUGCGGCUGGUGAACUCGAGGGACCGCUGCUCAGGCAGAGUGGAGGUGUACCAUAACAGCCGCUGGGGCACAGUGUGUGAUGAUUCCUGGGGCCUGAAUGAUGCCAAUGUGGUGUGCAGGCAGCUGGGCUGUGGCCGGGCACAAGCUUCACUUACAAAUGCAGCUUUUGGACAGGGCACAGGACCCAUCUGGAUGGACAAUGUCAACUGUGUGGGAUCUGAGGCGUCAAUAACAGACUGCAACCACAAUGGAUUUGGAAUUCAUGACUGUAGUCACAGAGAAGACGCUGGUGUCAUGUCUUUAAACAGCACGGUUGAACCCAGGCCUCCGGGUCCUUCUCCAACUUACUUUGAGACCACCACCAUCCCUACCCGCCCUCCAGGGAACCAGACCACUCCUGGGUACAACAGUACAGGAGUGGAGGGAGAGGUGCGUCUGCUCAAUGGGGGGAACAGCUCUUGCUCUGGACGAGUGGAGAUCUUCCACCGAGGACAGUGGGGCACUGUAUGUGACGAUUCCUGGGGCUUGCUGGAUGCCCAGGUGGUGUGCAGGCAGCUGGGCUGUGGCAGGGUGCUCUCUGCUCCUACGAACGCUCGUUUUGGACAGGGCACUGGCCGCAUUUGGAUGGACGAUGUCAUGUGUACAGGACAGGAGACUGAGCUAUCCCAGUGUCGUCAUAGGGGCUUUGGGAGCCAUGACUGCAGCCACAGUGAGGACGCGGGUGUGGUGUGUGAAGCCCUGUCUCCGGUGCGGCUGGUGAACUCGAGGGACCGCUGCUCAGGCAGAGUGGAGGUGUACCAUAACAGCCGCUGGGGCACAGUGUGUGAUGAUUCCUGGGGCCUGAAUGAUGCCAAUGUGGUGUGCAGGCAGCUGGGCUGUGGCCGGGCACAAGCUUCACUUACAAAUGCAGCUUUUGGACAGGGCACAGGACCCAUCUGGAUGGACAAUGUCAACUGUGUGGGAUCUGAGGCGUCAAUAACAGACUGCAACCACAAUGGAUUUGGAAUUCAUGACUGUAGUCACAGAGAAGACGCUGGUGUCAUGUGUGAAGCUUUAAACAGCACGGUUGAACCCAGGCCUCCGGGUCCUUCUCCAACUUACUUUGAGACCACCACCAUCCCUACCCGCCCUCCAGGGAACCAGACCACUCCUGGGUACAACAGUACAGGAGUGGAGGGAGAGGUGCGUCUGCUCAAUGGGGGGAACAGCUCUUGCUCUGGACGAGUGGAGAUCUUCCACCGAGGACAGUGGUGUGCAGGCAGCUGGGCUGUGGCAGGGUGGGUGCUCUCUGCUCCUACGAACGCUCGUUUUGGACAGGGCACUGGCCGCAUUUGGAUGGACGAUGUCAUGUGUACAGGACAGGAGACUGAGCUAUCCCAGUGUCGUCAUAGGGGCUUUGGGAGCCAUGACUGCAGCCACAGUGAGGACGCGGGUGUGGUGUGUGAAGCCCUGUCUCCGGUGCGGCUGGUGAACUCGGGGGGCCGCUGCUCAGGCAGAGUGGAGGUGUACCAUGACAGCCGCUGGGGCACAGUGUGUGAUGAUUCCUGGGGCCUGACUGAUGCCAGUGUGGUGUGCAGGCAGCUGGGCUGUGGCCGGGCACAAGCUGCACCUACAAAUGCAGCUUUUGGACAGGGCACAGGACCCAUCUGGAUGGACAAUGUCAACUGUGUGGGAUCUGAGGCGUCAAUAACAGACUGCAACCACAAUGGAUUUGGAAGUCACAACUGUCAUCAUGGUGAAGAUGCUGGUGUUAUUUGUGAAUUGAAUGACGUAUCAAUCCCGGUCUACCAAUUUCUCUGUGGACAAGAUAAAAUCAUAGUUAGUCUAGAUAUGAGAACUGUGUCCUCCUCUGGUCUGGACCCUCUGUCUGGUCACCUGGUGGACCGUAACUGCCCCUUAUCCAGUGUGCAGAAUAACAUAGUGCGGUAUGAGGUCGAGCCAAGAGCGGGAGUCUGUGGGAAUAGCAGAAGGACUAACAGCACACACGUCAUGUACACUAACAGCUUAUUCAUCUACGCCCACAAUGACUCUUUCCAUGUUCCUGCAAGUCUCCCCUUCACAUGCGUGUAUCCCCUAAACAUAAACACCAGACUCAACGUUGCUCUCUAUCCUUUUGUACCAGCCGGGGGCAUUAUUCAAUCAGGUGGAGCCCCAAGAGCCUCAAUGUCUCUGUACGCAGACCCAAGCUACAGCAUUCCUUACCCACCAGGCACUGUGAGUGUGCCGGUUGGCAAGCCACUGUAUGUCGGUGUCUAUGUGGAGGAGAAUGACCUAAGUUUUGUGACUGUUCUGAACAACUGCUACUUCACAUACUCAUCCAACCCAAAUGAUGCAAUGAGACAUCCUCUAAUCCAAAACAAGUGUCCUUCUGACCCUCAGCAGGUGGAGGUGGUUGAGAGCGGGACGUCUCUUCGUGCUCGUUUCUCUGCCCUCUUCUUCGUGCCUCAGGGUCAGUACAGGACAGUCUACCUUCACUGCCACCUCAGUCUGUGCAGCGGUGGUCCCUGUGUUCCAGUUUGCUCUGGAAGGGCACCCCGCUCAGUUUCUGAAGGUGUAGCAAUGCAGUCACUCACUGUUGGACCCAUCACAUGGGGAUCUAAAUGAAUGUUGUCCAUGCAUCUGCAAAGAUGUCUGUGGUGUUACUGUAAUGGCAGAGCAGCUAAAACAACAAAGCCUGUGAUUAAAUGCAUUUAUGUGAUACAUGUUUCUGCCCUGUGUCUGUGAAUAUUUGUAAUAUUUUGUAGACAGUAGGUCUUUUUGUUCCUUCUCAACCUUGAAGAGAAUUAGAUCAUUUAAACUAAUGUAUAUACCAUGUGCCCAUUGUGUUAUUAUGUUUAUUUGUCCUGGCCCAGAUAUAAUUUCUCCCAAGGAAGACAAAUAAAGUAACCUUG